AUGGUCCGCCUCAUCCAUUCCGUCCUUGCCAUGCUAGCCGUGGCAUUGGCGGUACAUGCCUGCGACUACUGCCAGUGCAAGUUCACGGACGGGUCCCACUGCUGUACGACCUCGACGUACGCCCACAGCUGCGAGGAAGUCUGCAAGAACGCCGCGCGGUACGGCGACGACGUCAAGUGCAGCGCCGGCGGCCUCUCCGAGUGUAUCGGCUACUUUCCUGCCAACGGGCGCGCUCAGUGCAACAGCCAAGCCUACGAUUUCGACUAG